GUACGGGACUGGGAAGGAAUAGGGAUAAGGAAACGCAUGCACAUUAAAUGCAUGAAUUCCUUCGAACAGCGAGGAUCCGGAAUGAUCGUGUGCCAUAAAAAUGGGACCUGGAUAACAGACUUGGUUUGUCAAGCUAAAGACUGUAAGGGCCGUCGUGAAAAUGACCAUACUAAUUCCGGUGUAUACGAGAUUUAUCCCUUUGGUACCGACCCCCGCCCUGUCAGAGUCUACUGUGAUAUGAUCACGAUGGGAGGAGGCUGGACGGUAAUCCAAAAACGUGUUAAUGGAUCCGUGAGCUUUAAUAGAACAUGGGACGAUUAUAAAAAUGGAUUUGGUGACGCGGGGCAAGAUUUCUGGAUCGGAAAUGACGUAAUCCAUCAGUUAACAAAGGAAAAGGACCCAAAUCUCUACAUUUCCAUUACUCUGUUGGACGGGAGUAGACUGUAUGAAUUGUACGAUCAGUUCUCAGUUUCAAAUGAAGCGGAUAACUAUCAACUCUUUCUUGCGGGGAACGCCUCGGGAACCCUAGGUAACAGUAUGUUUCACACUGGCUCACCUUACAGCGAUCUGUCCGGCAUGAAGUUCUCGACGUCUGACAGAGAUAACGAUCGGUGGACUGAUGGAAACUGUGCUGCUUACUGGGGAGGAGGCUGGUGGUUCAACAGGUGUUAUCACGCCUUCCUGAACGGUCCUUGGUCUCUAGACUCGUGGUGUGGGCUUUGGUAUCCCACAGUUACAAACGGGACAUCUGUCUGCGAAACACAAAUGAUGAUCAGACGUCAUUAG